CUCGUGUCCGCAAGCCCUGCACAGGAUCAGGGUGUCCGUGCUGCUAGCUCCUCGGUCCUGUGCCUCCGCUGCAGCAGCCGCAACACACGCUUCACCGAGCUUGUGGGCACUGGGAGUCGGGAAAAAGGUGCCCAGGUGAAGGGCGAUGGAGGCAGACCAAAGGUCCGGAAGCCGUGGAUUCCUCCAGGAAGGCUGUCCUGCAGAAGAGAUGUGGACUCCCACAAGUGCCAGACGAGCCGAGUGCGGCAUCAGACAGAAAGUGGGAUCAGGCAUCAGAACGAAGCAGAGGAGCAGGAGGAAGAGCUGGAUGCAGUGUCCAAGGACCUCAGCAUCCUACUUAGAGAGCAAGAGACCUUUCGCCGUUUGAAGAAGCCAGAUUCUCGGGGUCAACACAGAGAGGCAGAUGUGCUCCUGAGGGCACUCGUUGAAGCAGAAAUUGACGGCGUAGCUGUAGCCAAUCAGCUGACAGCUUUGAAGGAAACUAUGGACAGCUUUGCCAAGGACAAGACGCCAUCAAAACUGCACGCAGCUUCUCUGGAACGGCAGCAGAAGUUGUUGUUGGAGAAGAUCGAGAUGUUUGAUAACACAAACCACGGCCUCCGAGAGCUCCUCAGAGAGUGGAGUGAACAUGAGCGGGAAUCGCUGGUGAGGUCAGAACAGACAGACACCCUGAGAAAGAGACUGGCUGACAGCGAAGCAGAGAACAUGCGCCUUCUGGCCAAACUCACCCACAAGGAGAAAGAGGCCUCUAAGCUUGCAGAGCAUUUGGACUUUGAAAAGGACAACGUUAAGACGACCGAGGAGCUUUCAAGAAUUCUGGAGUCAACUCGCAGCCACCUGGAGUCUCAGCUGAGCCGAGCAGAGGCAGAAAAGACCCGACUUGCCGCUCAGAUUCAGGGUGAAGUUACUACAUCCAGUGUUUACACUGUUCCAGACAUCAACACCAACCCGAUGUCGAGGAUGCAGCAGAGCCAGGAGCAGCAGCAGAAGGAGCUCCAGGUGCUUCAGGAGGAGCUGCAAACUCUGAGGGAGCAGAGGGAGGCCGAGGAGAGAAGUCUGGCCCUGCUCACCGAGCAGUCAGAGCAAGCCGAGGAGGCCGCCAGGCGGCUCGAGGACAAACUUCAGGAGAAGGAGUCCCAGCUGGCUCAGGCUCUGUCCACAUCCAGUGACUGGUGCCUCCGCCACUCCAAGGAGGCAGCAGCUAAAGGACAGCUAGAACAGGAAAUCUCUGCUUUCAAACAUCAGGUGAUCGAGCUGCACGCUCAGCUUCAGUCAGCGGAGGAGAAGAGUCGGGCGGAGAGGGAGGAGCUCCGGGAUCAGCUGCAUCAUCUCAGUGCCGAAAACGCCUCCACCAAGCUGGACAAUCAAAGUCUCAAGAGUCAGCUGACGUCUUCUGAGGAGAAACAGCGAGGGCUUCAGUCUGAAGCUCGUCAGCUGAAAGCAUCGAUCAAGAAGUAUGAAAACCUGGUGGAGAAAUACAAGAAGAAGGUCCAGCAGGCUCGCCUGGAGUCUGAGGAGUACUGCCUGAAGCUGGAGGCGGUGCAGAAGGAGGCGCUGGAUGUACAGGUGGUUCUGGAGAGGGAGAAGGAGCAGGUGAGGCGGGAGCUGCUGGGGCGGCUCAGAGAGCUCGAGACUCUACCGGACAGAUUGAGGAAGACCGAGCAGCAGCUCCGAGAAGCCCAGCAGGAGGCUGACGCACGUGAGAGGAGGAACAUGGAGAAUAACUCCGCCCUCUCUGAAGUCAGGCACAAGGUGGAGCAGCAAGGCACUCAGCUGGAGACGCUUCAGCAGAGGAACCUGCUGCUGCAGGAGGAAAACAACGUCCUGAAGGAGAAAGUGUACAACUUCGAGAGGAGGCUGGAGGGCUUGAAGGCAGAAAACAGAGAGAUGUCUCAAUCUUUCGCUUCGAAGGAAGCCAGUAUCCGCAGCAUCCAGCAGCAGCUGGAGGAGAAGAGUCACGAGUGCAGCGUCCUGUCCAGACAACUGCAGCAAACUCUGGACGACGUACAGAAACAGGUAGACGAUAGCAUGCAGAGGGUUUUAGCCAAAGAGAGAUCGUCUCAGUCUAAAGCCCUGGACCUUCAGAGCCAGCUGAGCCGAGCCAAAACGGAGCUGAGCCAACUGCAGCGAAACAAGGAGGAAAUGGAGCGACGCUUCCAGAGCCAGCUGCAGAACAUGAAGGAGAGGCUGGAGCAGUCGGACUCGACAAACCGCAGCCUGCAGAACUACGUCCAUUUUCUCAAAACCUCCUACGGAAAUGUGUUCGGUGACUCUCUGCUUGGAAGCUGACAAGCAAAAUUUAUCCAGCCUGACCAGCAGUGAUCCUCCUGAACUAUCAUACGGGCCAUAAACCGCAUUUAUUAAAGGUCUGCUUUUGACUUUGUAUGAAAUUAAUAAAAUUGAAUUUAUGGAUAAAUUCUCAGUUAUUAGUUGCCUAAACAUUUUAUUUAUGUAUAACUUACCAGUAACUUAGUCAGCAACUGCAGAGCCAAGAUAAAAAGCUCCAAUAAAUGUUUUUAUGAUUUACAAUAUUCUUGCUGAUUUACAAACAUAAAAAUGAUGUGAGGUAUAUAUUAUAGCAUUUUGUAUUUUACACCAGAGUGUCAUUAAAGUCAACGUAAAAAAAGAAAAGGAAAAAAAGACUUGUUUCAUUUAUGUUAGGAGGUACUUUUGGAACAUUCUACCUGCAUUGUAAGACUACAAUGUAGAGAAAUUGGACUACAAAACCAAUGUUUUAGUUCACCACAGCAUGUUUUUACCCUGUUGUUUUAUGUGUGUCAGAUAAACGAGAAAAGCCCGUGAAAUAUAUCAAUACAAAGACUGGAUGUUUAAAAAAGAAGGAACAUCCUGAUGUUUGAUGUUUGGUUCUAUAUGUUUUUUAUUUUUAUUUUCAGUUUCCAGUCCUAUGAUAUCGGUGCGUAAUUUGCACCCAUGGAUGGCUCAAACCUUCGAGUCUGUUCUGAAACGCUUACCUCAUUCCUCAUGCUGUUCAGAGCCAAACCCCACUUUUUUCUACUCCUCAGUACUACUUGGAUUUUUAUGAAGCAGCAGAAAUGAACUCGUUUCUUGGUAGAAUGCUGAUUAAGUAAACUGGAUAGUCGUAUAGAAAUUGGCCUAUAGCGCAAUAUUACUAGAGAACCCUGCGAUUGCACAAUACGGUAAUUUUUAAUGAAACACAUCUUAUUUUCUUAUGUUUUCCUGCUGAGUACUGAGCCAGUAAAACCCCUUUCUUCUUCCUUGUUUAGGAUUUCUAUGACUGCGAGUCAAACAUCACAGUAAACAUUAAUUCAUUAUAAUCCUACAGGCUCGAAUGCAAGAAUAGACCUUAUCAAUCCAAACGGAGUUAUACUGAACCUUGAAAAUACUUUGAUCAGUUAA